UUUUUUUUUCCUCCUCUUACUUUGCUUGUACGUAUAUCACCUAAUUACUUAACAACAUUCGAUAACCAUGGUCACUCCUGCCGUUAAGCACACCAUUGUGAAGAAGCGUACUGCUACCUUCAAGCGUCAUCAAUCCAACCGCUUCAUGCGUGUCGGUGAAUCCUGGAGAAAGCCCAAGGGUAUUGACAGUUGUGUUCGUCGUCGAUUCAAGGGUCAAGCUCCUAUGCCCAAGAUUGGUUACGGUUCUGCCAAGAAGACUCGCCACAUGAUGCCCAAUGGUUUCCGCAAGUUUGCUGUGUCCAAUGUGCGUGAACUUGAAUUGUUGUUGAUGCACAACCGUUCUUAUGCUGCCGAAAUCGCCCAUAAUGUGUCUUCCAAGAACCGUAUUUCCAUCCUCGAACGUGCUGCUCAACUCAACGUUAAGGUGGUCAACGCUGGUGCUCGUCUCCGAUCUCAAGAAUAGAUUGUUAGUUUUGGAUAUUCGUAUUUUUCUUUACUAGCUUUUGUUUUUUUUUUUUUCGUUUGUAGUCAUGACUCAUAUAUCUUUACUUCUUCUUUUAUUACUUGAU